UGCAUUCACCAUUUCGCCUAGAUGGGGGGCGGGGUCGAGGGGACAGCCAGCAAACGCCGUCCAAACUGCAAAGGAUGCAUGCUGGGAAAGGUUUCUUGGACUACCAAAGGAUUUUGAAACUGUGGAUUCUGCUCAUGCCAAUGAGGAGACUAGGACUCUUCCUCCCUUCUUUGGCGUUUGCAUUGCUGAACAUUCAACAGGCCAGCUCCUAUGGCUUCAGGAACUGCAUCCAGACCAUGGGAGACCCAGGGUACUUCAAAUGCAUGCACCGCUUUCUGAAUUCAAUCUCCAGUGCUGUGGGUGACCUCCCCAACAACACGAAGGUGGUCAACGCGUCCCACAAUUCCAUCCAGUCCUUGCCUUGUGGCAGCUUUCAACGCCUGCCAGAGUUGCGAAUCCUGCAACUCAGCUACAACAAAAUACAGAGCAUAGAAGGUGGAGCUUUUGAAAAUCUCACGGCCUUAGAGACGCUCAACCUCUCCUCCAACUGUCUCAGAAAUGUCUCCAAAGAUGCGUUCUAUGGUUUGGCUGGCCUCACCCACCUCCUCUUACACAAUAACCAGCUGAAAACAAUACAUCCAGAUACGUUUGGUCCAUUACAGAACCUUCGGCAGUUGGAGCUCCAGUUUAACCUUCUGGAGAACUUUGAUGAAGUCCUUCAGGGCCUUCAGAAUCUAAGGUGGCUGGAAAAUCUGAAUUUGUGCAACAAUCACUUGACCUCCCUAAAGUCCGAAGGGUGGCUUCCCGAGUCCCUCUCUGUUCUCCUACUUUGUAACAAUUCCCUGAGUGAGAUGGACGUGAAUGGUUCUGGAUUCCUGAGGAAUGUGAAAACGCUGGACCUUUCCUACAAUAAGAUCUCCAAUGCCUCUUCCUUCGCUGUGGUCAGGCUCCGGAAUGUUAGCACUCUGAAGCUGAUGGGAAAUGGAAUAGACGUUUUCCAGCUCUUGAAUGUUUCUGACCUUUGGCCUCCUAGCUUGGACUAUUCCGGGCUCCACCUGAGUAACUCUUCACAAUUGAAAAAGAUCUGCCAGCAACUCAGGAAAUCUAACUUUUCCCUACGUAUGCAGAGCAACGGCCUCAGGAACCUGAGCAGAAAUGUCUUCUAUUCUUGCCCACCUGUUGAGCUCCUGGAUCUCUCAAGGAACCGCCUCAAGACAGUGGGAUGUGUAGUGCAACUGUUCAACAAGACAGUACCUCUGAAGACCCUGAUUGUUGAGCACAACCUAUUAAACAAACUGAGGCCCUGCAGCCGUACCAAAAUCAUCUUUCAAGAGCUAAGGAAUAUCUCCUUUCGCUUCAACCGCAUCCUCUUGGUCAGUUCUCACGCUUUCGGCUAUGCACCUAAUUUGGACAGACUCCAUCUCAACAUCAACAACAUUGCCUACCUGGACAGAAGGGCCUUAGCAGGUCUCAACAAACUCUGGGAACUACGCUUAGAUAACAACCUUUUAACCGAUCUCUACUACCUGACCUUUCAUAACCUGACCAAUCUCCGGACACUCAACCUCCGGAACAACCAUAUUUCUGUCCUCUUCCCCCAAGUCUUUCACAGCUUGGGGAAGCUCCGUACCUUGGACCUGGGUGGGAACAACAUCCGUAGGUUGACCAACAGGUCCUUUGAGGGGCUGAUGAGUCUCUCUAACCUUUAUUUGGAUGGCAACCGCAUUGAAUACAUUAACUCGAAAGAUUUCACUCCCGUGCAGAGCACUCUGAAAGUACUGGACUUGAAGAGCAAUAAGAUAACCUACAUUAGCAUGAAGCAGCACGGCGCGCCCCCCUUCUCAUUUCUGAGCAAGGUCCACGAUCUUAAACUUCAAGCCCAGCAACCGUACGGUCUGAAAAUCAUUCCGCCAAGGUUUUUCCAUGGUCUUACGUCCUUGCGUGACCUCUAUCUGUCAGAGAACAAGAUCCUCUCCAUUUCGCCAGAUGCCUUUGAUGAUCUAAGUCAUCUGAGAUACCUAGGCAUGGCUGACAGUAGUAACGGCAUGGGGAACCUUCCCCCUGGGAUAUUCAAAAAUCUUAGAAAGUUAACUAGCCUCAACUUGGAGAAUGCGGGCAUCCGCACAUUAACCCUGGAGGUCUUUGGAAACCUCAGUCAACUCCGGUUUCUUCAGCUAGGGAAAAACGAACUGCAAACAAUCAACAGCAGUGUGAUGAAAAACCUGACUUCGCUGAGAUACCUUGACCUCCGGAAAUGCCCACUAGCUUGCACCUGCGAGAACAUUUGGUUCCAGGAAUGGUUGAACAACGACCAGGUGCAGGUGGUUUACCUGUACAAUUACACCUGCAAUUCUGGACAGAAUUCCAGCUAUGUUUACAGUUUCGACACCCGGGUCUGCUACCAAGAUGUGGGGAAGUAUCUGUUCUUGGUCACUUUCCCCGUUCUGUUGCUUCACAUGUUACUCCCUUUACUCUACCAGCAUACGUACUGGCACCUAAAAUACCACUUAUACAUCCUGAGAGCUUGGGUCAACAACCGUUGGAGGAGGGAGGAGGGCAAGCAUUACAAAUUCGAUGCCUUUGUCUCUUACAAUUCCGCCGACGAGAAGUGGGUGUUGGAGUAUUUGGUACCCAGACUGGAGGGUGGAGAAGCUCCUGUCUUCCGACUAUGUCUUCACCAUCGGGACUUCCAUCCAGGAAAGUACAUCAUAGACAAUAUAGUGGACAGCAUCCAUAAUAGCCGACGCACCAUCUGCAUCAUUAGCCGUAAAUACCUACGAAGCGAGUGGUGCUCUAUGGAGAUCCAGCUGGCCAGCUACAGGUUGUUUGAUGAGCUGAAAGAUGUCCUGAUUCCUAUCUUUCUGGAGGAUAUUCCCAAGAAAGAGCUUUCUGUCUACCACCGGAUGCGGAAGGUGAUGCUGAAAAAGACAUACAUCAGCUGGCCAUCGGACCCUGAGGCUCAGAAGCUGUUUUGGGCUAAGCUGAGAUUGGCUCUGAAGGGCCACUCGGAUGAGGAAGAAGUCACACACUGGUUCGAUAAAGAAGGGAAACCGCUUUUGGAAUCCACUUCUAAGAUGGAUUAGGUUGAUUUUUGCUCCAAGACACUCGUGGGCAUAACCCAACGUGGGAAUGUUAAUAUUUGUAAAAGAAUGUUUACUAAUUAAGUUAAUAUUUGUAAAAGAAUACUAAUUGAUGUUUACU